CUGUCCUUGCGGCAGGAGUGGCCCUCAGCACCGCGCCCCCCGACCCUCAGGCCCGGACCGCAGGGCUGGGGUCCCCGCCAUCACGGAACUGACUCCCUUCGGGCUGGGCCCUCCGAGCCGGGCGCUCACACUCAGCGCGGCGGUCCCCGCACACCCCUAGCCGGCAUCCCAGGCAGGAGUCGGGGGUCGUGGCUGCCGGGAGCCCCUGCUGCGUCCACCUGUCGGAUCGGGGAGGAACUAUCGAGUUCCCAGCGUCUUGCGCUGCUCCGCUUCAAGAACAAGUUUCUUUCCCCUCUCCGUUGGAAAGCUUGUCCCGGGUCUCCAGAAGUCAUCAGCCCGUGUGUUCCUCUUCAGUUCCGUGGGGACCCUUAGACCCCGUAUCGGGGCCGAGAAUCUCACGUUCUUGACUUGGCUUUUUAUCCCCUUUGGGAGACAAAGUUUGCCCCCGGAAGCCCCCUUUGCGCGUAGCUGACACCGCAUGCCUAGGACCUUAUCCACUUGAGUCACAAGCUCCAAGGUUGCUUCUAUGUGAUCCCUCCCGUCGCACCCCCCGCCUCGACCCUCAAAUCCGAGCUCCCAGUUUGCUCUGGGCUCCAGUCUCCAGCCCCCAGCGGUUCUGGUCAGUCCCACCCUCAGGGUGGGAGUGGCCGGGGGCUCUGGCCCGGGAUUCCCCACCCUGGAAGGCAACUGCAAGACAGCCAGGGAAUUGGGCGUAGGGUACGAACCUGGCGGCUCAGGAGUGGCGGCCCCACUCACCCCACACAAGAAAAUGAAGAAACGCAGAGAGCUCAAUGCCUUGAUCGGCUUGGCUGGGGACAGCCGCCGAAAGAAAUCCAAGAAAGGCUCGAGCAGCCACCGUCUGCUUCGCACGGAGCCCCCCGACUCGGACACAGAGUCCAGCUCCGAGGAGGAAGAGGAGUUUGGUGUGGCUGGAAAUCGCUCGCGCUUUGUCAAGGGAGACUAUUUACGAUGCUGCAAGAUCUGUUACCCACUCUGUGCUUUUGUCAUCCUCGCUGCCUGUGUCGUGGCCUGCGUUGGCUUGGUGUGGAUGCAGGUUGCUCUCAAAGAGGACCUGGAUGCCCUCAAGGAAAAAUUCAGGACAAUGGAAUCUAAUCAGAAAAACUCAUUUCAAGAAAUCCCCAAACUCAAUGAAGACCUACUCACCAAGCAAAAGCAACUUGAAAAGAUUGAAUCUGGAGAGCUGGGCUUAAGCAAAAUCUGGAUAAACAUCACGGAAAUGAAUAAGCAGAUUUCUCUGUUGACUUCUGCAGUAAACCACCUCAAAGCCAAUGUUAAGUCAGCUGCAGACUUGAUUAGCCUGCCUGCCACUGUGGAGGGGCUUCAGAAGAGUGUGGCUUCCAUUGGCAAUACAUUAAACAGUGUCCGUCUUGCUGUGGAGGCAAUGCAGAAGACUGUGGAUGAGCAAAAGAAAACCAUGGAGUUACUGCAGAAUGACAUGAACCAACACUUCUCAAAGGAGACCAGUGGGGGCAACCAGAUCAUUUCAUCACCUUCAGUUACAUCAGAACUGGACAAUAAGACCCACAGUGAAAAUCUGAAGCAGGAUAUCCUGUACCUUCACAACUCUUUAGAGGAGGUUAACAGUGUCCUGGUGGGGUACCAGAGACAGAAUGAUCUUAAACUCGCGGGGAUGAAAGAGACAGUCAGUAAUCUUACCCAGAGAGUGAACCUGAUAGAAAGCGAUGUUGCUAUGAGCAAGGUAGAAAGGAGAGCGAACCUGUCCUUCAGCACGAUGGAUGAUAGAGCUGCCACUCUGAAAAGAGAAUCUUUUGAUCAAGUGACCAACAGAACAGAACCAUUAAAAACCCAAAGCAAAAAGAAAGAAGAUAACUCAAAUUCUCAGGUAUCCAAGCUAAAGGAGAAACUGCAGCUGAUUAGUGCCCUCACCAACAAACCUGAGAGCAACAGGCCUCCAGAGAACACCGAGGAAGAGCAAAUUCAGAAUUCCACAUCAAAGCCAUCAGCAUUGCCAAAAUCUUCAAAGUCUUCAGGAGACCGAAUUGAGAAAGCUGCCCAACCAAGAACUGUCUUCCUGCCAGGAGUUUCUAGCAUUGAAGAUCUUCAAGAUUUAUUCCACAAGAUUGGCCAGGAUGAGGAUGGGAAGCUGACCUACCAGGAAAUAUCCCAGGCCCUGGGUUCUGCCACACCGGAACCAGAGUCCUUGAGAACGCUGGACUCUGAUGGAGAUGGGAGAUACUCAUUCCUGGAGCUAACAGCCGCUGUAGAUGUCUAGCCUUAGCAGGCCUGGUUCACAAUGGAGAUACAUCCUGGACUACCGAAAGUCUAUUUACCUAACAGAAAUAACCCUUUGACUUACCCAUCACUCCUCCAGACUACUGUAGCAGACACUUUGCCUCCUUUUAACUUGUUUGAAGAAGCUAUAUAAAAGUUAUUUUUUUAAAAAAGAGACCAUUUUACUUAUACAAUGAUGUUAAGAACUCUAUGAUUUCCAGAAGCCAGUGAGAUCUUACAUUUUUAGAUUUCCA